UAUUAGCUUCAUUAUUUGACUAAAGCAGGUAGAAAUGUCUAUUAUCACAAUACAACUCGGUCAGUGCGGUAAUCAGAUUGGUCGCGAAGUGUUUGAUGCCAUCUGCGCGGAUCUUCACAGCGGGCACGGACUGUGUUCCAGGAAGGAAAAUGAGUCUUACAUAGCAGCCUGCAAAGAACGGUUCUUUACUGAGGAGAAAUCUGGAGUUCCAGCUGCUCGGGCCAUUCUUGUCGACAUGGAACCCAAAGUGAUCAGCCAGAGUUUAUCCAUGGCGUCAAGGUCUGGUAGCUGGAAAUACGACCACAAGUCUCAAUUCUGUCAAAAGCAAGGAUCCGGAAACAACUGGGCUAACGGUUACUGCGUUCAUGGGCCCAAGCACCAAGAAGCGAUCAUGAACCUGGUCCAAAAGGAGGCUGAGAAAUGCGACCGACUGAGUGGAUUUCUGACCGUCAUGAGUAUGGCCGGUGGGACAGGCUCAGGCCUGGGGGCGUUUGUGACGGCGGGCCUGAGAGACGCCUACCCAACCUCAUUCCUGCUAAAUGACGUGAUUUGGCCCUACGGAACUGGAGAGGUUAUCGUCCAAAACUACAACUCGGUCCUGACUCUCUCGCACCUGUACCAGUCCUCCGACGCCCUCCUGGUUCACGAGAACGACGCCCUCCACAAAAUCUGUUCGCAGCUCAUGAAAAUCAAACAGAUCUCUUUCCGGGAUGUAAAUCGCGUCAUCGCCCAUCAGCUGGGGAGCGUCUUCCAGCCGGCUUACUCCUCUGAAGGGGCCACUCAGUACAGCAGAAGUCCCCUAGGGGAUCUCAUGGAAGCUUUAGUCCCCCACCCCGAGUUCAAGAUGUUGGGUCUGCGGAAUAUUCCUCAAAUGUCCGAAAAUUCCCUUGCCUACAGCACCUUUGUGUGGCCCGGGCUUCUGAAACACCUGAGGCAGAUGCUCAUUGCAAAUGCUAAAAUGGAGGAAGGUAUCGACUGGCAAGUACAGCCCCCAGCACCUGGCCUCCCAGCACCUCAGAAACCGUCUCCAAACAGGACAGCUCGUUUUAACACCUCUAUCGCCAACCUGGUUACCCUGCGAGGGAAAGACGUCCAAAGCGCAGAUCUAGGCGGUUUCCGAGAGCCCGCCCUGUACACUCCUUGGACAAACGCACAAGAUGCCUUGACCGUCUGGAGAACCCCGAGAGCCUUUAAUAAGUAUGAGAAGUCCGCAUCUUUGGUGAGCAACAGCCAGUGUUUGCUGAAGCCCCUGGACGCCGUGGUGGGGAAGGCUUGGAAAAUGUUUGCUUCCAAGGCUUACGUUCACCAGUACACAAACUUUGGGAUCGAAGACGAUGACUUCCUUGACUGUUUCACGACGCUGGAACAAGUGAUCGCCAGCUACAACAGCCUCUGAGUUCAAAUUCAGCACAGGGCGGCAGAUAUGAAAUUCUGAAGAUGGGGUGGAGGGGUCUUAAAAUCCACAGUGGGGUGCGUGGGUUUCUUACAUAGACAGUAGGGGGCAAGUUGGAGGGGCCCAAAAUCUGGACAGACACAACUCCCAUCACCCCUAACUAGCACAGCCAAUAGUGAAGGAUCAUGGGAGUUAUAGGCUAAAACAUCAGAAGGGCCACCAGUUUGGAUUUGGAUCCAGCCUUAAUGUUUAGUAAACCCACUAAAAUUGAUGCAACUUAAGUUUAUCAUGACAUACUUGUCCCAUUGAUUUCAGUGGGUCUGCUCUAAACAUGAUGGAGUCUGGUUCCAAACCUAGCUAUUUCAGAACUGAUCAAGGAAUGCAGUGAAGUGGAGCCUGAACACAGCGUAAGAAGAGUCUGGAAUCGGCAGCCCAUCCCAGACAAGCAAUCUUGCAAAUGCAGGAGCCUCUGCACACACGGAACUUCCUGCCAGCACUGGGAGGAGCUCCACAUUUCAGCGGAGGCAAGCAGAUUCAAAGACGCAUUCGUGCAGAUCUGCGCUCUCUGUUGAAAUGAAUGUAGCAUCCCCUACAAACUGAAGAGCACUCCGAACUGGGACAAAAGUCUUCAGGCGUAGGUCUACGGAUUGCACCCAGAUUUAGAGCCGUGCAACUGGGUUGGUGGAAGUGGGUUUCCCUGCCCCCUCCUUCCCACAGCGGCUUCUCCAGGGACCUGAAAAUGAUCCAGGGAGUGUCGGGGGGACCCUGCUGAAUAGGGAGAAACCCCUAAAAAUCAGGCCGGGACACCUUCCAUGAGGGAAGCCCUUCUGUCCCCAGAUGCAGGAUCCCAAUCCAGUAAAA